UCAUAGACUAGUGGGAUUUGAACAGAGAUCAGUGCCAUGUGCCUCACCAGUGGGCCAAUCUAAUGGUUGACAUUAGGAUUUUAUACAACUGCACAGCAAAGGAGCCAACAUGGCAUCUACCGUCCGGGACCUCCUUCUGCAGUCGCUCAAUGAACUGGAGACCUCACACCUGAGGAGCUUCAGAGGCAGGCUGAGCGACCAUGUGCUGAAAGACGGCGCCAAAAUUCCUCGUGCGGUGAUUGAGGAAGCGGAAGACAGAGACAGCCUGGCAGACCUGCUCAUCCGCUCCUGCACUGAAGCCAAGGCGGUCCGUGUAAUGGUCGCUGUCCUUGAACGGUGUUGUUUUAACAACGAGGCCAAAAACCUUCUUAAGCGCGCUCAUGAAAACAGACGGCUACAGCGUCAGAAACUCCCUGUGCCCAGGGCUGGUGACUCCAAAAGCUCCUCAGGAAAUGAAGAGAACCCCAAGGAAGAAGAAACCAUCCCUGAUGAGUGUCCCCCCUCACUGCUCCAGGAUGGAUCUGAAAUUCAGAACCCGAGCCUCGAGUCUCAGGCAUCAGAAGACCAGGAUUCAUUACCACUGGAUAAGGAAGUUCUGAAUAGACUUGAGGAGAAACUCCUACACAUCCUCAACACCGGAACAGAAAGAGAGCUGAAGUCUCUGCAACUAAUUGGGGAAAAGAAGGUUUCGCUAAUUUUGGGUGGCAGGAAGAUGUUGACCAAAUACACUAAGGUGGAGGAUCUGGUGAAAGCCAACGUCUUCUCUGACAACACGAUCCAAACAUUUAAGAAGGCUAACCUGAUACAUUUAUAUGGCAAAGAGGACCUCUUGGAGGAGUUUAAGAACUUAAAGCUCGAGGACUGAAUCUUCAAUCAAAGUCUUCUCGAUGCCAGAGAUGUGGAAGACCAAAGGGUGUGACUGGACCCGCUUGUUUCGACCGACGGGUCCCUGAACGGUCCUGACAAAGCUGAACGUGGAUACCCAACAAUGUCUUGAAGUCUACCUGAAAUUGUGACAGAGGAGGACAUUAGUCAGCUGCUGCGGAUUAACCUUUCAAGUUCAUCUUGUGUUGGUGUUACCAGACACAGAAUGGAGGAACCUGUGGGUCACAAGCUGGUAAACACCAACUAGGAUGAUAUAAGAAAAAGGAGAAUUACCUGGACUGAGUUCUGAUGACCUGCCACUAAACUGUGCUGCACAACAUAAAUCUGGCACAUCUAUCAAGACAGGAUCAUCAGGGUCACACAGGAGGCCAUCAAAGGUGCAGCUUUAAAUACAAGCGACAACUGCGUGAAGUGAAGAGUGCAGUGAGUGCCAAGGGCACCAGGAUGUUGGCUGUUUUUUUUGUUUUUGUUUUUUUCUUUUCUGUUUUAUUUUUCUUUCUGUUAACUGUGACAUUGUUAAGUGCCAUCUUUUAGGUUCCCUUUGCUGGUGUAACAGAUGGCUAAGGCUGUUGCCCGGUCGGGACACCCCCACACUGGAAGGGUCCAGGGAGGAAGUGUAGGCAGAGCAAUACCUUCACCAGAGCGCUAGGUGGCAGUCCCCCCUCAUGGGGGAUGUAGUUGAACACAGCCCUGUUGGGAUACGUGGGCACCGCCAGGGGGUGCUGAAGCAGCUAAUGAGCCCUGGAGAGCAGCUCUUCUGCCACACCCGGAGGUGCUGCCGAAAAUACAUCAACGAGCACCUGGGGCACUGCCUUAUAAAAGGGGCCAGCAGACACCAGUCAGGAAGCCAGAGUCGGGUGGAAGGUGGACAACACUAGCUGGGAGGU